AUGUUAAGUUCAGAAGACUUCAGUUCAGACGGGGAAGUUGACUAUGAUAAAGUAAUAAAAGAGAUAGAAGAUAUGGAUAUGCCAAACGCAAUAAUAACAAAACUUAUAAAUAAUGCUGAUGAUGCGAAAUUAGCUGUAGUAAGAUCAACCACUGCAUUUAUUAGUCAUAUCACCACUGCCGCUAAUCAGGUGGCAAAAAGUAAAAACCGUAAAAACAUACAACCUGUCGAUCUAUUUAAAGCUUUAGAGAAAGGCGAAUUUGAAGAGUUUUUACCGAGAUUAAAAGAAGAAUUAAAUUUAUUUCAGACUGUACAAAGAAACAAGAAAUUUGAUAAAGUAAUACAGUCAGUUGAAGAAGAAGAAUUAUCAAGACAAACUUCAAAUACGGUUAUCAACGCUCCAUCGGAAAGAGUUAUUGUUGAAAUAUUACCGCAUAAUGGUAUUACGAACGAUUUAUCCAAUAGUGAUAAUAAUGAAACGACUGAGACUGACAUUGAUAGUGGGAGUGGGUCUAAAGGAAAACGAAGACAUUCUAAACUUUCAAAAAGAAUUAUAGAAGUGGUUUCUGUUAAUAUAGAAAAUAUUAGUAAUAUUUCACCAACCAUAAAUGGUAAAAUGAAGCAAGAAAGUAAUGAAACUUCACAGGUGGAAAAUAAUAUAGAAAAGAAUGAUUUGCUGGAUGAUGGUAGUGAUUUGACAAGUAAUAUAGGUUCAAGUAAUGAUGAAGGGACAAGUGGGGCUGAGUAA